GAGUUGGAAGAGGCGAGUCCGGUCUCAAAAUGGAGGGCCAUGAUCCAAAGGAACCAGAGCAGUUGAGAAAACUGUUUAUUGGAGGUUUGAGCUUUGAAACUACAGAUGAUAGUUUAAGAGAACAUUUUGAGAAAUGGGGCACACUUACAGAUUGUGUGGUGAUGAGAGACCCCCAAACAAAACGUUCCAGAGGCUUUGGUUUUGUGACUUACUCAUGUGUUGAAGAGGUGGAUGCAGCUAUGUGUGCUCGACCACAUAAGGUUGAUGGGCGUGUAGUGGAACCAAAGAGAGCUGUUUCUAGAGAGGAUUCUGUGAAGCCUGGUGCCCAUCUAACAGUGAAGAAAAUUUUUGUUGGUGGUAUUAAAGAAGAUACAGAGGAAUAUAAUUUGAGAGACUACUUUGAAAAGUAUGGCAAAAUUGAAACCAUUGAAGUUAUGGAAGACAGGCAGAGUGGGAAAAAGAGAGGAUUUGCUUUUGUAACUUUUGAUGAUCAUGAUACAGUUGAUAAAAUUGUUGGUGAGUAGCAGUUGGAAUUUGAGAAUACUAAUGAUU